UCUUGCAGCACUAUAUCCACAAGCCUCAUACCAGAAAACCUUUUGAGUUAAAUUACAGUAUAAAUGAAACGGACAGAAAAGGCAUACAAUAUAAUAAUAAUGAUCUACAGUUGGAAGCCAAUGACUACGAGUUUACCAAAUACUUACCAGUAAAUCUUAAUGACGAAAUUGGAACUAUUCAUUCUGUUACAGAGAUACAGGAUCCCCACGCAUUCAGUGAUUAUAAUAAUCACAUAUCGCCAAGCCAUCCACCAUUCCACACAAAAGAGGAUAGCAUUUAUCAAGACCCCAUCAAUUUCAACGCAGAUAUUGUGUCAGAUGAGGAUAACAAUAAGUAUUUUGUUUUAAACGACUUUCUUAUACCAGAUUCUGAAAAUUUCGGAAGCUACUACAGACCUCCUAUAUCCAAUGAAGAUGACAGUGAAGAUCUUCUAAGUCAGAAUCAACUUUUCCCUAAUCAGAACAUUCAAACCUAUACAGAACCUUACAGUUAUAUUCAGAAAAUAACAGAAAACAGGCGAAGCUCUACAACUGAGGCUACAGCAGAUAUAGAGGUUUAUUCAAAUAAGUACCUUGAGGAGGAUUUGGUGGAAGCGCCUCGUUCAGACACCAGAAUUAAACCUAUUGAAAUUAAGAAGGAUGCUAGGCCGCCCGAAAAUAAAAUAAAAACAUUAUUAAACAACAGUUUACUUAAAUUAUUAGAAGUACAAUCUAAACCGAAAAACGAAGAGCAGAAUAGUGACAUCCAUGCUUUUCAAUAUGACACUGAUAAUUCAACAUUGGGUCUAACUAAUGGAACAAUUUUAAGGGAUAAUAGAAAAUAUUCAGAAAGUGUCAUCUCUAAUGCUACAGCAACUCCAACAAGUAAAAAUGACAUGGAAUCAAAACUGUUUUACUCCAGUUAUUUUUGGGAAAUCAAAAACAAAAUUAAGAAUUUGUUUAGCUUAUUUACUAUAAUCAAAUUUAAUAAUACAGAGUGUAACGCCACUAAUUGGGCCGGAACUUGGCAAGGAAUUUGUUUAACUGCUGAUCAAUGUACGCAAUCUAACGGGUCAGCACUAGCUAGUUGUGCAAACGGAUAUGGAGUCUGUUGUGUUUUUAGAGGCUCUUGUGGCGAUUCUUCUAGCAUGAAUUGUUCAUAUUUUAAAAGUCCUAACUAUCCGGAUUACUAUCCUUCAGAUGGAGGAGUAAUCACCCCAACGACUACUACUACAACCACGAUAGCACCGACUCCAGAUCCCAGGUUAUAUUGGUACUACUUUGGUCAAAACAGGAGACAUACUGAUAAGCUUUUAAGCGAUAUUGUUUUGGGUAGACAAGUUAUUUCGAAUACCAUGUCAUGUAUCUUUAGUGUCUAUAAAACUAAUUCAAAUAUUCAGCAGUUCCGUAUAGACUUUAUUGAUUUAGAUCUUGAGGGUCCGACGAAUGGAACAUGUACAAACGAAAGGCUGGUGAUUACAGGCCAAAAUUCGAAUAGCAGAAUUCCUGUUUUAUGUGGUUAUAAUACAGGGCAGCAUAUUUAUGUGGAUGUAUCUCAACUAGAAGGUCCUCUCAAAAUAAUGGUACUAUCCACAACAGGGGCUAGAAAGCGAUUUAAAAUGAAGAUUUGUCAAUAUAGCGAUAGCUGCAGCACCUCCCAAAGCAACUGUCUCCAAUAUUAUACUGGAGUCACUGGAACAAUACAGAGUUUCAACUAUGACCAAGCAGCGAUGUUUAAUAGAAGUGUUCCUGGGUAUUUUAAUGAUUUAAACUAUGCUAUUUGUAUUAGGAGAGAAGCGGGAUAUUGUUCCAUAACGUAUAUGAACACGAACGAUGGUGAAAUGUAUCCGUUUCAACUGGUAAAUAUUUUGCCAAAUGGUCAGUCCACAGUACCAGCAGGACAAGCAGGCGUGGAUGUUUUAAAUUGUCCUGAUGAUUACAUUAUUAUAGAUGGUACGAGAUUAUGUGGCGAUAGGUUAAACGAUGGGUCUACAAGUGCUAAUUUUAGUACUGAUGCCUCUGUAACUGAUAUGAGUAGCGGUCCAAUUGUAGUUAACGUUAGAACCAACGACAACAUUACAGGCCUUGGCUUUAAGUUCUUUUACACUCAAAAUUUAUGUCCUUCAUAAAUAGGUUUAGUUUAAAUUAGAG